AUGACAAUCGCUUUUAAGUUUAGUAUUCGGAUAUCCCGUGGUCAUGUGAAUUUAGUUGAUUCAAUUAAUGAUGUAAAAGAUCUGAUAUACAAAACGUAUGCAAAAAUUCUUACCACUUUCGUUCUAAAUAAAUACAAUAAAGAAUCUGUUUCUGAGGUUGCUGAAGCCCGUGACGGCAAUGUAAAUAAGGGGUGA